AAACCAAUAUUGCUAGAUCAACAACUUUGAUAAUAUAGCUGAGAGAUUUUUUUUUGAAAAAAAUUAUGAUUUCCUCUAGCAAAUCUGUAAGUCUUAUGUUGGCCCUACCCUUCCUUCUCUUUACUAUUGCUUACUCUACCUGUAAUGAGCCCUUUAACCAGAUACUCCAAAAAAGAAGCAUCAGAAAUUGCAAGAAACUAGCCACUCUAGGAGCAGAAUUUGGCUGGAAUUAUAACAUGGGAAACAACACCGAAAUCGACAUAAUUUUCGGUGUCAAUCUGAAAGAAACUCCGAGCUGGGUGGCCUGGGGUUUGAACCCUGGAGAUGAGCCUCAGAUGGUUGGAACAAAGGCCAUAAUUGCAGUUGUACAGCCAAAUGGGAGCUUAUCAGUUGAGACCUACUCGAUCACCAGCAGUACCAAGAUUGGUUGUGAGCUUUUGCCGUCUGUGGUUGAUUUUGAGGUCAAGAGAAAGGAAGCAGAAUCAUCAAACACAAGUGGUUACUUUACAUUGUCUGCAACUCUAGUUCUUCCUUCAGCAAAAUACAACAUCUCCAACUUGAACCAUGUUUGGCAAGUUGGUUUCUUUGCUGAUGGAUUGCAGCCCAUGCAACACCCUGCAACCCUCCAGAAUUUUGAUAGCACUGACACAAUAGAUUUGAUCGCCGCGAAGAAUCAUGGCAUUGGACGUCACAGGCGGCACCUUAGAAUGAUGCAUGGGAUUCUGAACAUUGUGGGAUGGGGAAUUUUCUUGCCCAUUGGAGUCAUAAUUGCAAGGUACUUCAGGAAAUUCCCAUAUCCAGUGAAAUGCUGGUACAUUUUACAUGUCUCUUGCCAGAUUGUUGGCUACAGCCUUGGCACUGCUGGUUGGGCUAUUGGGUUAUGGCUUGGACAUGCUUCAAGACACUAUGCUUUUCGAACACAUCGAAUACUCGCCAUUUUCAUAUUCGCUUUUACUUCAUUACAGAUAUUAGCAUUAAGAUUAAAGCCGAAACCGCAUGAUGAUUAUCGAAAAUACUGGGACAUGUACCAUCAUUUUCUGGGUUAUGCACUUUUGGCUGCGAUCUCAGUGAACAUAUUCCAAGGGAUUCACAUUUUGAAGCCAGACGUUACAUGGGAAUGGAGUUACGUUGGAGUUCUUGUAGUUUUGGCUCUAAUUGUGUUGGUUUUUGAGAUUUGCACUUGGACUAAAUUUUUAAAACCAAAGAAGGAUCAAAACAAACAAAGUCAACCUUCAGAUAAUCAACCUCAAACUUCUGUUAGCAAGUAAUCUGUAUAUCUCAAGCCUUGCCGGCCCCACAGGAUUCAAACUUCACUAGAUUUCUAUAUAACUUAUAAUUGGUAAAGGCAGAAAGCAUAGACAUACAAAUUGAUUUAGCUUUGCCUAGUUAUUAAUUAUAGUGUCAUUAAUUCUUUCUUCCAAAUUGGGACUUUUGAGUGUUUUUUUUUUUUUUUUUUUUUUUUUGGGUUCCUACCGAUCGGGGUGUUAACGGUUAAGAGUGUACUUUAGCAAUAAACAGAUGAAAUGAAAAAAACUUUUAAUCA